AGGCUCAGCCUUCAGGCAAACGACCAAUAUAGGAAUGAGAGCUGCUAGUAUUUCCUGUUUAUCUUUUUAAUGCUAAUUAUCUGUUUCUUGUUCUCAAAUUUAGCAGUUGUGUAGCUCAAUUUUAGAUGCCCAGAAACUAUCCUCCAAAUAUAUGCCUCCAAUGUAACUUGGGGGUUCAUUAGAUUAAUUAAUUAAUAGUGGUUAAUAAAUGCUUUGAAAUCUUUUUAUUAAAAGGGCCACCUAAGUACAAAGUGUUAUUAUAAUCAGGUCUAAUGAGGUCAGUGAUUUAAAGAGAGGGUUUCAAACCAUAUAUAAAGCCCCUCCAAUGAUCAGUGAUACAGGAUGAAGGACAAAGGCCACUGCUUUGUUAAAGUCUGGCGUGCAGGGUAGUGCUGAAGACGGGGGACUUUCCUAAACCGAGAGGAGAGAUUUGCUCUGCAAGUUCACAAACCAGGUGCUGUAGGAUAAGAUUCACAACCAUGCUAUCCUCUAUCCUGUUUUGGGGACUUAUUGCCCUCAUUGGCACUUCUAGGGGCUCGUACCCUUUCACUCAUUCAAUGAACCCUCACCUGCAUCCCCGCCUGUACCAUGGCUGCUACGGUGACAUCAUGACCAUGGAGACCUCUGGUGCCACCUGUGAUAUAACCAGGUUGAUGAACUGUGGGAUCCGUGGUUCUGAAAUGUUUGCUGAGAUGGAUUUGAGGGCCUUAAAAACUUACCAGAUUCUGAUCAAAGAAGUUGGGCUGAGGUAUUGUGUGGACCCUGCUCUCAUUGCAGCCAUCAUCUCAAGAGAAAGCCAUGGUGGAGCUGUCCUGCAAGAUGGCUGGGACUACAGGGGACUUAAAUUUGGCUUGAUGCAGCUUGAUAAAAAAAUUUAUCACCCUGUUGGUACCUGGGACAGCAAAGAACACCUUUUGCAGGCUGUUGGGAUUCUAACAGACAAAAUUAAGGCAAUCCAGAAAAAAUUCCCCAUGUGGAGUGUGGCUCAACACCUCAAAGGUGGUCUCUCGGCCUUUAAGUCAGGAAUCAAUGCCAUCGUCACCCUAACGGACAUAGACAAAGAUUUGGUCAAUGAUCUUCUCGCCCGAGCUAAAUUCUAUAAAAGACAUGGCUUCUAGGCAAAGCUCUGUGGGUGGGCCAGGUUGGCAGGUGUUCAGAUGGCCCCUCUUUGAGAGUUUGAUAUGGAUGUGUCAUACUCAACACAAAGAAAUGGUUGCAAUUAUGACAAAAAAUUCAGUUUUCUUAAUGCAAAUAAGCAUCCAAAAAAAAAAAAAAAGAAAGAAAAAGAAAAGGAAUCCCACCCAGUUCAUAAUAUGAUUCCCAUAAUGUUCACAAACAUAUAUGCACAAUUAUUUUGUAGUAAAUGUGAAUAUCAUGGUAAGUGACAUCUAUAUAUUUCAGUGAGGCCCUAUUUUAUUCCAUGAUUUCAAUGCCUGCUGACCUCUGUUUUACCAGAAUUGUUAACAAGAGAGCCUGGCCUGAGCCUUUGUCCUUUUCCAAGUAUUUGUCCAAGCCACUAGGGCUUUGAUUGUGAGAUAUGCUUAACUCAUAAGCCAGUCAACCUAUGGGAUGAUGGAGAAACUAGGGAUGGAAUUCUAGCUUCACAAGUAACUGAGAGCUGACUGUGGUGAAGCUGUUCUUCUGAAAGUGCUAUAUGCCAUGUCCCUGGCUCACACCAACCUUCUGUGUCUUCUUCCUCUUGUUUGCUGAAGAUCCAGGGACUGGCUUCUUCUAUUUUCAGGAAUUUCUGCCACACACUUGUUCAAGAAGUCCACUCCUCACAAAACAUGACUGAAGAUAAGCAUAUAGGACCUGAGUGAGUUAUGGUUCUUUAAUUGCAAGCAAAAGUAACCAAUUCUGGAAAAUUUAAGGAAUAAGAGGCAGUUACAAGAAGGCUAUCAAAAGACUCAUAGAAACAACAAGGUCAAGGACAUGAAGAGAAACCAAACGACUUUGUGCAGCAGGAACCAGUUGACCAUACUUGAUAGCAUCCUCACUGAAUGAAUGUAUUAGCUCUCUCCUUGCUUAAAUGUACUCCAGAGACUUUUUCUUCCAUCCUUUCAUCAUUCUGAUUCACUUUCAUAGUUUCAGGAGAGAGACUCUGAUGGGCUUAUCUUGGGUCAUCUACAUACCUAUGCCUUGGCUACUCUGCUCUUUGGUCUUGUCCAGACUACCCACAAUGGAAAAGAGUUCCCUAGAACAAAAAACCUGGUGCAGUUUGUGGCUUUACUACCAUCCUCAGGAGAGGACACAAAUAAUAAUGUUGGAGCAUAAAACCCUCAAAGUCCCUGCUGACAUGGCUCCUCCUUGGCUUUUAGCUUUUGGGGGGAAUAUUUGAUAAAAGUUACCCCAUUACUUUUCUUUCUGAGAAGGAAUCAAAAUUAAACCCACCUACCUCUGAGUGCCCCCAGAGAAAGCCGGGUAAACCUUCUCUGCCCAACAACAUCUUAACCUAGCCUGAAGAUUUGACUUAGGCAGAAAUGGGACCCUGUGUUUCACUGGGCAGAGUCAAUGGUUAGCUAGUAUGGUAGCCCUGCAGAAUACAGUCCAGCAUCUCUUAUAAUUGGUUGAGGACCAUACUGUACCAGUUGUUAAAUAUUUUGAUAUCCUCCCUGCUUGUAGGCAAUCCAGAACGUUCACUUUACUUAAGGAUGGUUUCUUCUGGGCUUUCCCCCACAAGCAUGUACUCCACCUAACUGCCAGCCCCUUCAAUGUCACUACUAAAGCAAUAAAGCACAUCUAGGUGAGAUAAUUUCCAAGUAACUUGAAAAACAAGAAAUAGGAUACUGACUUAGACUCUGAAUUGAUUCCCCCAGUAUUCUCUUUAUGACUUGGAUACCAAGAGAUGUUCUAUAGGAGAGUCCAUAUUUAAGGUGUCUUAGUUUGAUUCCCACAGAAACAGACCCUGAGACAAGGAGUCAGGUCCAGGUAGCUUAUUUGAGAUGUGCAGGGACUUGGUGAUACAGGGAAGGGAAGAAAGCCAGCAAAAUGUGUGUCAUCAAACCAGCUACUGGGGUGGGCACUGGAGCUCAAUCCUCCAAGCAAACAUCAAGAAAUGGUACAAACCACACAGUUCAGAAUUAUUCUACCCAGGGGAUAAGGAGCUGGGGUAUUUAUACAUCUACUUUUAAGAGCCAUUGAUUGAGGGAUCUUCCUUUUGGGGGCUGGGGGAGGGCGUGUCACUUCUGUGUGCCUCUGCUCUAUCAUGCAAAUAGGCAGCACACUUUUCUGCAGUUCCAAGGAAAAGAGACUGUAAGCACAGAAAUGCAGAUACUGGCAGUUGGAAAUCACCUGAGAAUCCUGGAUCUGCUUCACAGAGGUUAGAUACAGCUGGAGGCUGGGGAUACCUUCCACCACUGCUUGCUUUCCUCUGUGACCUAACAACAUAGUAAGAACAAUAUGGAAAUAAAUACAAGCCUCGUGAUACCUCAUGAUUUCCAUUACAAGCUUUUCCAUAAUCUAUUAGAAUUACUAAUUAAAUAUGAUAGAACUGCCUCAGUCUAUUUUUCUAGUUGAUACUGAGAAUAAUAUUCAAGAUGUUAGACUCAAAUGUGGCUCCAUUAAAUAUUCUUCCAGUCAUCCUCAGUUUUCUUUAUAUUUUUUUUGCCUGUGUCCUUUUCAGGGAUAAUGAAUGGCUCUAUGUCUGCAUCCUAGUGUGUACAAUGUCACUUCUUUUUGUUGUCUAAAAACCAAGCUCUCUCUGGAAAAUGAAGAAAGACUGUCUUAUAAAUAGU